ACUCCUUCAUUUCGAAGUAAUAGAAGAAUAUCACUUUGGAAAAAAAAAAUAUAAGAAGAUCACUGGGUACAAACAGCCGUGUGUAUUCUCCCAUCUUUGGCAGCCAUGACUGACUCAGGAGUGCCUCUCUUUAGUUUCACGCCAUCAUCAUCUGCGCAGACUGACUCUGGGAUCUCUCUCUUUGGUUCAAUACCAUCAUUUUUCGCGCAGAGCGACUCUGGAUUCACUUUCGGUGGUUCAAAACCAUCAUUAUCUGCGCAGAGCGACUCUGGAUUCACUUUCGGUGGUUCAAAUCCAUCAUUAUCUGCGCGGAGCGACUAUGGAUUCACUUACGGUGGUUCAAAACCAUCAUUAUCUGCGCAGAGCGACUCUGGAUCCACUUUCGGUGGUUCAAAUCCAUCAUUAUCUGCGCGGAGCGACUAUGGAUUCACUUACGGGGGUUCAAAACCAUCAUUAUCUGCGCAGAGCGACUCUGGAUCCACUUUCGGUGGUUCAAAACCAUCAUUAUCUGCGCGGAGCGACUAUGGAUUCACUUACGGUGGUUCAAAACCAUCAUUAUCUGCGCAGAGCGACUCUGGAUCCCCUUUCGGUGGUUCAAAACCAUCAUUAUCUGCGCAGAGCGACUCUGGAUCCCCUUUCGGUGGUUCAAAACCAUCAUUAUCUGCGGUGAGCGGCUCUGCAUUCAAUCUCGGUGGUUCAAAACCAUCAUUAUCUUCGGUGAGCGGCUCUGCAUUCAAUCUCGGUGGUUCAAAACCAUCAUUAUCUUCUCUGAGCGACUCUGGAUUCACUUUCGAUGGUUCAAAACCAUCAUUAUCUGGCGUCCCAUACACUGACCAAACCAACACAAACUCCUGCGAGAUUAAUGCAGAAUCAGGCCACGGUACGACAAGCACAGCUGAAGUUUUGAGUAAUCUGCAAAAAGUUAAUAUUGAAGAAGAGAUUGCUGGGAAAGAGAGCAACAAUACCAAUGAAGUGAGUCCUUUGACUCCAUCUUGUAUCAAAAAGGAGGAAGAAGCAAGAGAAGCAAAUCCAGAAGCUGCUAAAACUUCAUCAUUAAUGGUGAUUUCUAGAAUUUUAAAGGGUAUACCUCAAGACCCUCAUUUUUAUCAGCUUAGAAAUCACUCUGAACUUGCAAGAAAAAUCAUGAUAUGUUCAUGGGACCAGAUUUUCUUAGAAACUGCAGAAAAAAUUCACUCUUUACAACCAAAUGGUUUCUGGGUCAGAGCCAGAGAGCUGUGGAAAACAAUGGAGGAGUUGCAGAGCAUGGGAUAUAAUGUGAUUCCUUUGAGAAGAAGAUUAGUGGAGUUAACUAAUGUCAUGACAGAUUUGAAGCUGUUUAAAUCAAAUAUAAAAGGGUUAAAAAUCAAGGCAGAGGAUCACAGAGCAGAGAAAAGAAGACUUAAAUUUGUGAUUUUGAGCUUGCAGGAAAUAAUUAUGGGAGAAGAAGAAGGCAUGGAGAGAGUAGUAGCUGAGGUUAUGGAUUUGGAGAAAGAGUUGCCAAAAUUUGAUGAAGCAUUUGCCAAUUUAGCUUUGGAGCCUCUCUAGAUUGAUGUUCACUGGUAUGACUUGAUUAUCAAAUGUUUUAUAAGAUCUUAUCUACUUUAAAGUUUAAUCUAUGUUUAUUUUGAGAUUUACCCAUCUAC